AUGCCACGAUCAGCGACAGAUGCCACACGCUUUACCUCGACGAUACCCCAUCAAUCCAAAGCGCAGCUUCCUUCCAGAAGCCAGCCACCCCGGAAAUCGGCAUCAACUCCAUCGCCAACAGGAGAGACCCCUCAGGAGAAGGUCAGAAGAUUAAGAGCUGCUGCGGAUAGAGCUCGAGAUGCACAGAUUACAACGUUCGACAAGGUGGUCAUUAGAGGCCGGGUAUGGGCGGAUCGGGCACAUAAAUUUGUCACGCUGAGUCUGAUUGCAGCUACAGUGGUUGCUGGCGGUGUUACGGUCUAUGCUCUGGGCGACAUGAUGAUCCUCAACCGGAAAAAGCGAGCGCAGUUCUUUGAAGAACAGAAAGCCAUCCGUGCGAAUGCUAUAUAUAAGGCGAGGCAAGCUAUUGAAUCUGGGACUGCCACAGAAGAAGACAUCAAAUUUAUUAGUCUUGAGGACGAGCAUGCUGCCCGAUUAGAGGCUUUUAUACGGGCGAAGAAGGAGAAGAAGGGCAUAUUCACGAGAGGCAAAGAAUGGCUCUUUUCUGGUCUGAAGAACGAGGAAGAGGGUGAUAAUGUGGGGAGCAGCGAAAAAAGACUGGGCUAUGAGGCUAUGAGCGAAGAGGACGAUGUAUUGGGCGAGCGGGAAAGUGAUAUUGUGCGCGCAAUUGAGGAUAAGAAGCUUGCAAUUUCGACGAAGGCUAAGCAGGCCUUCGCGGAUGAGAAGGCGAGACAGAGAACGGGAGGCCCCCUGGAUCGCAUAGGAACCAAGUCCAAGGAUGAUGACCAACCGAAAUCUACAAGCUGGACCUCAUUCCUGGGCAGACGGUGAGGAGUAGGAAGGAUUCUGAAUUGUGUAAGAUUGUAUCAUAAAGGUAUCAUACCGGAAGAGGUGCUUGCAUGGAUAGGGCGUUCGUUCGACAAUCUCCUGUAUAAUGGAUGUUGAAAUGACCAGAUCAAUACGCUGCUUGUGGGUUCCUGGCCAAAUUGACCUUAUGGUUGUCUAUGCAUUUGCAUGCUACCCUUUCAGUCUUGAUGCGCUGCCUUACAGAAUGAGCCGGCCUCACGCCAACUUUCUUCGGAGCUUAAUUUGUCCAUGCAGUUCACAAUUUGCAACUGCAUAUGAGGCUCUUAAGUUUCCGUAACCCAGGGAUGGGUAUUGACCGAGCAAUGGACAACGCCAGCUGUUGAAAUCUGAUAAAGCAGCCACCCGCAAGAACCUUUUGUUUCGUCUCGGUACCUGGGGAAUUGUACGGCAGAAACAUAGCCAGAUAUACAUCUCUAUCUAAUUUAUCUAUUAUGCCGAACGAUUUCUUGCAUUUGCUAGAAGUAGUUGUAUCUCAGUUACGAGCUAGUUGAUUACGCUGACAUUGCCAUCAGGCUCGCUUAAUUUGUUGUGGUAGGAUAUUUGGUGGAGAUCGGGUAAAGUGAGCGCGAUCUGCCUGCUCGCAAUCGGAAAAAGACCUAUUAGAUGGUGAACCUUACUAUUUACAUCUUUCUAACAUGCCAGAAGACAGCAGAUUCUGAAGACGAACUUGGACCCACAUCGCGGAACUUAGGCUUGGCAGGGAAACGAGUCAUAGAGAACGACAAAUUUAGAUAGAUUCUCUGAAGUAGGACAGAAAGUUUGACAGCUAACAGUCCUGAAUGGUGUUCAAGUAUAGCGAAAAGUAAAUUUUCGCCCAUCUCCAAUAAACAGUGACCAAUCACCUCAGAACGGUAGUCUCAAAUCUCGUGCAACGCGAUAUCAGGGGGAAAAAAACCCAGAUCAAAUGGAUGUCAAAGGUCACUAUUGGCCAGAAAACACAUGAAUGUUGGUGGACUAGUCGAAGAGAGACCACCAUUUUUCUGAUGCCGAAGAUGGAAUUUCAGGC